AUGGUCCAAACUCUGCCCGGCUCCUGGCCGGUGAGCCGUAUUCAGAAACUCGCGCUCAAUAGCGAUAAGGAUAUCGAAUACGACCAACGGGUGGGGGAUCAUACGGUGAAGCACUGUUUCACCAGACCACUGUCCGAGGAAUCUUCGAAGCCCAAUGGUGGCGUGGUGUCCAAGAACGGAUGGAACACCAUCUCAUAUGAUGAUGGCUUUCUUACAGCUGUUGGCGAGGCAUUCCUGCUCUAUUACUGCUGCGGUGCCCUCUUCUCGCCAGUCUGUGCCAUUUACAGUGUCUCUGGGACCGGCUCGCUCGGGACCGGCCCCUGCAAGAAUUUUGGUGCCACUGGUGCCACUGUUGCCACCAGUGCCAGAAAAUCAACUGUGGGGGUUUCAAUCGAAUUGGGGCCCUUUGACUUUCCCUUAAUGUUUGUGACAGUGACUGGAUCCGUCAAGACACGGUUUCUGGAUCAUGUCAUAUGGGAAUCAACAUAG